AUGUCCUCCUCGACAGAGUCGUUGCCUGGUACCCUAAGGAGGACUCUUACAACUUCACGCGCCCCAGCCGCGACCUCUUCACAACGCCUCAAGGCCGGCUAUUUCGUCUCCAAUGCCUUUCUCCCCCGCGUCAAAGCCAAUGGCAUCCACGAUUCGGCCAGCUCCCAACGGAGCACCACGGUAGCUUCCACCACAUCAACAACAGCCGAUGCCGCCGAUGGAUCGAGCUCUACAACACAACCGACGACAGCCGCGGACCUACCGCCGGUCGAUAAUACCCUCCUCCCCCACCGUCGCCGACAAGCUCAGCGAAAAGCCGCAGCGGCCGCAGCAGCAGCAGCAGCAAACGGCGAAACACCAACACCUCUCAUAAACCCCGACGCUCCCACCGCCGACCUAGCACCCGAUGCCUCGUCGCAACUCGCCGCCGCCGCCGCCUCUGCGCCCGCCGACUCCUUGAAGCGACGUCUCUCCUCGCUCCUCAGUCUCUCCAAGCCGCGCCUGACCGUGCUCGUCGUCCUAUCUGCCAUGGUUCCCUACGCCUUAUACCCUGUCCCCUCCUUCCUAACCUCCUCCGCGCUCGACACCUCGCUCGCCCCCUCCCUUUCCCCUCUCACCCUCCUCUUCCUCACCACCGGCACCACCUUGUGCUCCGCCUCCGCCAACGCCCUCAACAUGCUCUACGAGCCCGACACGGACUCCAAGAUGACGCGCACGCGCACGCGCCCUCUUGUCCGGCGCUUGCUCACCACCAAAGCCGCCGUGCUUUUCGCCGUAGGCUGCGGCCUCGCCGGCACCUUGGCGCUCUACUUUGGCGUCAACCCGACCGUCUCCUUCCUGGGCGCCGCCAACAUCGCCUUGUACGCGGGCGCUUACACCCCGCUCAAACGCAUCAGCGCCGUGAACACGUGGGUGGGCGCCAUUGUCGGUGGUAUCCCGCCCUUGAUGGGCUGGGCCGCAGCAGCAGGCGAGUCAGCCACGGGCGACGGCACGUGGCGCGAGCUCCUCUUCGCUAGCGACGGCAGCUCGUUGGGCGGGUGGUUAUUCGCCGGCCUGUUGUUCGCCUGGCAAUUCCCCCACUUUAUGCCUCUCUCAUGGGGCAUCAGACACGAGUACAAGGCUGCUGGCCUGCGGAUGCUGGCGUGGACCAACCCCGCGCGCAACGGGCGCGUGGCGCUGCGGUAUAGUCUUGCGUUUAUCCCGCUUUGUGUCGGGUUGAGUGCCACGGGCGUGACGGAGUGGAGCUUUGCGGUGACGAGUUUGCCGGUUAAUGCGUGGUUGGUUUGGGAGGCGAUCAAGUUUUGGAGGCUCGAGGGCCAUAAGGGCAGCGCGAGGGGAUUGUUCUGGGCUAGUGUGUGGCAUCUGCCCGUGAUCAUGGUGUUGGCGCUGGCGCAGAAGAAGGGGAUGUGGGGGAGGGUUUGGAGAAGUGUUUUUGGGGAGCCGGAGGAGGAAGAAGGGGAAUGGGUGUAUGAAGAUGAAGAUGAGGAGGAGGGGGGAGGUGUUGGGGAGGUGGUGAAAGGUGUCGUGAAGAAGUGA